CGCGCGAAGCGCGCCCCCAAAGCCGUUAGGCUUUCCAACGUGCAGAAGUUUUGUAAUUUAAAGAACCCCCCGAUGUAUUUUACCGCCACAGUGUCCUGAUAUCCACCCCAGUGGCCAAACCCAUCGCUAGUUCUUUAUUAUACAUAAAUGAAUUUUUUUAUAUAUUUUUUUAGAAACUUUAAAUAUAAAUUUUAUAUAAAGAAUUUCAAUAUAUUCUUUAAAAGUAAAUUGAAAUUAUUUUUUAAUAUUUGUUUUUAAUAAUAUAAAUCUAUAAUUAUUUAUAGAUAUAUUUUCACUUUUUUAAUGGAAGGUUUGAGUUUGGAUCGAGAUAUUCGGCGAAUUAAUGAAUUAAUUGACAAUUUAACUAAAACUGGUGAUUUUCCUAAUCUUUUACAACUUCAAAGAAAUUUGCAGUCACCUUUUUUUAAUUCAAUUAGAAAUGUUUAUGAAUAUGUUUAUCAACAAAAUAUUACAAAUUUUGAUGAGGAAGUACUAGCAUCACCAGAGAUUUUGGCAAGUGCUGCAGCGAAAUCAACAAUUGCUGUAUUUUCUGCUGCAGAGGGUGCUGCACAUCCACGUAUAAUUGAAUUGCCAAAAACAGAUCAAGGACUAGGAUUUAAUGUUAUGGGAGGAAAAGAACAGAAUUCUCCCAUUUAUGUAUCUCAUGUAAUACCAGCUGAUUUACAUGGAGGAUUAAGACGUGGUGAUCAAUUAAUUUCUAUAAAUGGAGUGCUUGCAAUACGUUUUACCCCAAAAUUAUUGGAUGAAAUUGAGAGACGUUUUGAAGAACAACGUCGACGGGCAGAGCAUCAACAUUCCCCCUCAUUUGGCCGAUCUUUCCAUUGAUUAUGAGAUAAUUUAAAAAUAUUUUUAAUCCUUUUUUUCUAAUUGAGUUCAACUUUACAAACUUUUCUUUAAAAAAGUAAAAAAAUACAG